GUCUCUUGCCAUUGAUCCCGCCAUUGUACAAAGAUUUUGUCGUUAGAGCUUCCUCCUUCGACACUUAUACAUACAUCUACAUAUUCCGAAAUAAAAGAUCACAACACAAUGGCUCCCGAACACAAGGCCUGCUUGAUCGUGAUUGAUGGUUGGGGUAUUCCCUCCGAGGAGUCCCCCAAGAACGGCGAUGCCAUUGCCGCCGCCGAGACCCCUGUGAUGGACGAGCUGUCCAAGAGCGCCACCGGUUUCAGUGAGCUUGAGGCUUCCUCCCUUGCCGUCGGUCUCCCCGAGGGUCUCAUGGGCAACUCCGAAGUCGGCCAUCUCAACAUUGGCGCCGGCCGUGUCGUCUGGCAAGACGUUGUCCGUAUCGAUCAGACUAUCAAGAAGGGAGAGCUCAGCCAGAACGAGGUCAUCAAGGCCACCUUUGAGAGGGCGAAGAACGGCAACGGCCGCCUCCACCUCUGCGGUCUCGUCUCCCACGGCGGUGUUCACUCCAAGCAGACUCAUCUCUAUGCCCUGCUCAAGGCUGCCAAGGAGGCUGGCGUCCCCAAGGUCUUCAUCCACUUCUUUGGCGAUGGCCGCGACACCGACCCCAAGUCCGGCGCUGGCUACAUGCAGGAGCUCCUCGACACCAUCAAGGAGAUUGGCAUUGGUGAGCUUGCCACGGUUGUCGGUCGCUACUAUGCCAUGGAUCGCGAUAAGAGAUGGGAGCGUGUCGAGGUUGCCCUCAAGGGCAUGAUCCUCGGCGAGGGUGAGGAGAGCACCGACCCCGUCAAGACGAUCAAGGAGCGCUACGAGAAGGGCGAGAACGACGAGUUCCUCAAGCCCAUCAUCGUUGGUGGCGAUGAGCGCCGCAUCAAGGAGGACGAUACCGUCUUCUUCUUCAACUACCGCUCCGACCGUGUCCGCCAGAUCACUCAGCUCUUGGGUGGUGUUGACCGCUCGCCCCUGCCCGACUUCCCCUUCCCCAACAUCAAGCUCGUCACCAUGACCCAGUACAAGCUCGACUAUCCCUUCGAGGUUGCCUUUAAGCCCCAGCAAAUGGACAACGUGCUCGCCGAGUGGCUCGGCAAGCAGGGUGUCAAGCAGGUCCACAUUGCCGAGACCGAGAAGUACGCCCACGUCACCUUCUUCUUCAACGGUGGUGUCGAGAAGGUCUUCCCUCUCGAGACCCGUGAUGAGAGCCAGGAUCUCGUUCCCUCCAACAAGAGCGUCGCGACUUACGACAAGGCUCCUGAGAUGAGCGCCGAUGGUGUUGCUAACCAGGUCGUCAAGCGUCUCGGUGAGCAGGAGUUCCCCUUCGUCAUGAACAACUUUGCUCCUCCUGACAUGGUUGGCCACACCGGUGUCUACGAGGCUGCCAUUGUUGGUUGCGCUGCUACCGACAAGGCCAUUGGCAAGAUUCUCGAGGGCUGCAAGAAGGAGGGUUACAUCCUCUUCAUCACCUCGGACCACGGUAACGCUGAGGAGAUGAAGUUCCCUGACGGCAAGCCCAAGACCUCCCACACUACCAACAAGGUGCCCUUCAUCAUGGCCAACGCCCCUGAGGGCUGGAGCCUCAAGAAGGAGGGUGGUGUCCUUGGUGAUGUUGCUCCCACAAUCCUUGCGGCUAUGGGUCUCCCCCAGCCCGCGGAGAUGACUGGCCAGAACCUUCUUGUCAAGGCCUAAAGUAGAAAUUGUAAUGAUUGGAUGGCGUGAUGAAAUAAGUAACAUAGAUUAUAGACGGGAAUGACAACGUUAUUGGUGAUUCGGGCUCGCAGGUUGCCCUAUGAGGCGCCUACUCUUGUGUAACUCUGUCUUUGCUUGCAGCUUUUUUUUG